AUGGCCGGCCUCUUCACAAAAAAGAAAAAGGAAGACCCCAACAAUAAUGCCAACAACGCCAAUAACAACAACUCUACUGGCAAACAACGACCCGCCCCACCUCCCAAUGGCCUCGGUCUUAACAACCCGCCGCCCUCCAACAACAACAACAACAACAAUGCACAGCAGAAUGGCGGAGGAUACCCUAAUAACAACGGCAGCAAUAGCAACCUCGCUCAAUAUGGCUAUAACGAUAAUCAAAACAGCAAUGGUGGCCAGUCCCAGGGAUACCAACAGCCUCCUCCUGCUCCACCUACUGGUCGUCCCAUGAAUGGCAUGAACGGAGGAGGAGGACAGGGAGGACCUAUGAGCCCGACGUAUUCUCAGACCAGUGGCCACAGUAUUCAUCAGCAAUUUCAACCACAGUCGCAACCAUCACCGGUUAUGUCGCACCAGCAGCCACCACCACAAUCACCAGCAAUGCAACAACAGCAGCAGCAGCAGCAGCAGCAGCAGCAACAACACCAACAGCAACAGCAACAACAGCAACAACAACAGCAAGGUCCUCCUCCUCCAGCACAGAGUGCACCUCUGACUGCAGGAGCAGCAGCUCCCCCGACUCCUCAACUGUUUUGGACGCAACGUCGCAUCGCUGGGUCAAACCCCUUUCCUCGGUUUCAGCAUACGAGUUCGAGUACACCCACAGGAACAGAUAUUUUUCUCUUUGGUGGUUGCCAAUUGGGAGUGCCCAAGGCAGACCUCUAUGUCAUUGACUCUGAUCAGGAACAGGAAACAGGUACAGAGAACAAGUACAAGGAACAGGUACAGGGAACAGUGUCGCUGCAAUGCCAGUUAAUCAAUCCCGCAGGAGCAGAACCCCCUAUACCAAAGUGCGGCCAUACCGCUGUCAACAUUGGUCAAUACAUUAUCUUUUUUGGCGGUUGGGACCCUACAACAGGACAAUGCGACGACACCCUGCACGUAUACCAUACUAUCAGGAAGGAGUGGAAUCGACCACCCAUUCAAGGACAGUUACCCACCCCUCGCCACUCUCAUUCCGGAUGCAACGUCGGAUCAACAAUGUACAUUUUCGGAGGCCAGGUCGACAACUUUUAUCUUGGGGACAUUGUUGCAAUGGAUAUGAAGACCAUUACCCAAAACCCGAGGUGGGAGGUCAUUGAGGCGCAGACAGAAUCCCCUCCAGCCCGCUCAGGCCACAGCGCAGCUGUUUAUGAUGGCAAGAUUUACAUCUUUGGAGGUGCGGACGCGGACUAUUUCUACAACGACAUCUGGUGCUUUGAUACCCGCGCCCUGACCUGGACCCCUAUCCCAGCAUCCGGAUACUUGCCAACAGGACGCCAUGGUCAUUCUUCCACAAUUGUUGAUGGCGUGCUCUACGUCUUUGGAGGAAGUAGCCCUGACGGAUCAGACCUUAAUGAUGCAUAUGCGUUCAGGAUACAUGAACGCCGGUGGUACCUUUUCCAGAAUGUUGGGGCUGCGCCCAGCCAAAGGAGUGGACACACCAUGUGUACAGUCAAGGACAAGAUCUAUAUCAUUGGAGGCGAGUCUGAGCAGAGCAACAUGGAAGAUCCUGCCUACAUCUACUACCUCGAGAUUCCCAACAUUCAAUUCUCUGACUCUCCAACGGCGGCAGCACCUCGCCAAGUUUCGUCUGCAAAACUUGUGCCUAACAGACCUAACGAUAGCGCGGGUCAGCAACAACAACAGCAGAUUCAAGGAGAGGGUGUCGUGCAAUCGGAAUUGGAUCGCAAUUCUGGACAGCCUCCUGCGCCUGGACGCCCCGAACGACCCGAUAGACCUGCUCGGCCUGAUCGCCCUUUAACUCAACGACCAGCGUCGCCCGCAACUUUUGGAAAGCCUUUUCCCAAUAGCAACAACAACAGUAACCCGCCGGUCUCUCAGCAAACCGGCCAAUUGAUGAACCCACAACUUGGACAGCGCCCUCUGACCAUGGGCACACCUGCAGCUCCUACUCGUGGGGCCAGUAGUGGAUUUCAGAACAACCAGGACUACCAAGAGGAAGGCUUGUCGAUUGCCACCCGUCGACAGACUCUCAAGGAGGACUUGGCUACAGGGUAUGGUAGUGCAGUUGUUGGCAUGGCAAGCCCCGUCAGCGCUCAUAAUGUGAACCGCAAGACAUUUCAACAACAGAUUCCCAACACCUCUCCUCAUCCUCCUGCAGCUGCUGGAUCUGCACCUAACUCUUCGCCCCUCCGUGUCUCGAAUGGUUCCUCUGAUAGCCCUAUGAACGCUGGUAACGAGACUAGCCCUGCCAUCUCGCGCCCAGAUCGUCGGACUAUGAACACUGUUGCACCUGCCCCGCCAGAAGGCCAGGACGAUAUGAGCCCUUAUUCAAUGGACGCCGUUGCAUCAGCCCAUGCUAGCAAAUCGAACCAGCAAGGAGGAGGAGCGUCAGGACCUUACAUCCCACCACCACCAGGAGGAGGAGCCAACAAUGCACCUUCAGGACGAGCAUCGCCGUUGCUCCCACCGCCUGGCAUUCGUCAACUCCCACCUCCACCCAACACCCCUUCCCCACCAGUCUCGGCUCAGAUCACUUUGCCACCAGGAGCAGAAAAGAAGACGGGUGUGAUCCCCCCACCUCCACACCAGGCACUUCCUCCAGCUACAUCUAACCGGUCUCCUUCACCUGCACCUGCGCGUGCCUAUGCUCGGACAACACCCACCCCACCUCUAGCCACCGGAUCGUCCUCUGACGCAGCCGGCGCCAUGCCGCCUACGGACAUUGCCCGUGUUAAGCAAUUAGAGUCUCAGGCCGAGUCUGCGCGUGAUGCCAAUGAACGCUUGCUUCAACAGAUGCGGGAUCGGGACGAUGAACUGGCAAGGAUGAGAAGGCGCGAGAAUUGGUUGGUUGCUGAGGUCAUCCUAGCUCGUCAGAAUGGCAGCAGCGCUGCAGGAUGCAGUGAUCAAGCAGUUCAUAUGAACAACAAGCGGUUGUCGAUGGCGGAUCUUGAGAAGGACCUGGAGAACCAGCAGCUGCAGGGGCAUCAGCUCAUGAUCACUCGUGCAUUGGUCAAGGUCAAAGAGGAUCUCAGGAACGCCAAGAUGUCAAUUGCUACACAGGCCCAGACUGCGUCGUUCAAGAUCAAGGAGGCAGAGCGUGUCAGGACUGGAGCAUUGCAGGAGGCUGCCUACUUGAAGGCCAAGCUGUCGUCACUGUCAAACGCUCAUGAGGACCCCGGUACUUUGGCCAAGGUCGAAAUGGAGCGUGCUGCAGAUCUGGAAAAGCGUCUCACGCUUGCCCUUGCCGAGCUCGAGACAGUCGAGUCUCAAUACGCCAAAACUCAGGAAAGCCUUCAGCAAGAAAGAAUGACCCGCCAUUCCGCUGAGGAACGCUCCAAUGGAUCCACCAUCUUGGCGGAGCAGGCACAGGCAGCUCAUACGCGUGCAUUGGCCGAGUUGGCGUCGUUGCAUGGUCGUGCUGCGGCGGCUGAAGCAGAGUCUCGGGAGUAUGCUGCACAGCUUGCAGAGAGCCAGGCUGGAUUCUCGGGUCACCAGUCGCAGUCUUCAGGGAUGAUGGAGAAGAUUACGGAUCUGAAGCAGCAGCUUGAGGAGCACCAAACGGCACUUCAUCGCACACAGAUGGCUUAUGCGGCGGCGAACGAGAGGGCAGUUCGUGCUGAGACGAUCUGCGAUGAUUCGUCAGAGAAGCUGGAGAGGCUUGAGAGUCUUCGGUCUGAGUUGGCGAGCGAAUUGAUGCGGUCCAAGAACGAGACGGAGCGUUUGCAGUCCAAGGUGGAGGAGCUUGAAGGAAGAUGGCAGAUUUCCAAGGAUGAAGUGGUGACGCUUCGCAAGCUGGUCGAGGACGGCUUGGGCGCCUUCCAUCCUCGCGGUCAGCCUCCACAGUCUCCUGAGCGGAAGCAUGACAGCAUUGCCAUCCUGAGCACGGUCUCUAAGGUCUCUGAGCUGGAGCACGAGCUCAGCUCGUUGAAGUCGUUGCACAAGAACUCGCAGGCCGCGGCAUCCAAGUCGGCGGCAGCUCUUGCGGAGGCUAUGAUCGAGUUGUCCCAACUCGAGCAGAGUUCUAUGAAGGCCAGGGCUGAGAGUUUGGCGUUGCAAAAGAUGCUAGCUAAUGAGCGUGAGGGUAGUGCCUUGCUGAGGAACGAGCUGACCAAGGUUGAGCAGGAGCUGGAGACCGAGAUGAAGGAGCUCGAGAACAAUGAGGUCCAGCUGGGUCUAUUGAAGGAUGUGAUGCGUGAGAAGGGUAUCAUGGCUGAGGAUGUUAUGCAACAGGCUGCAGCCCGUGGCUCGGGUGACUAUGCGGCGACUAUGGAGCGCAAGGUCCGCGAGUCGGAGGGACGUGUUCAAGCUCUGGAGAAGGAGUUGGAGGAGACUCAGGACCAUUUCACUCAGCAGCUGGAGGCCUUUGAGGCUCAGCGUCAGGCGACUGUUCAGCACUCGGAGAAGACUGGAAUUUUGCUCCGCAAGAUGAAGAACGACCUUGCUGUGACUAUGGCGGAGAAGGAGUCGGCCGAGUCGCAAUUGCAGGCCCUCCAGGAUACUCAUGCCCGCUGCGGUGAGAUGGCAACCACCAGGAACGGACAUGCCACCGAGGAGAGCCGUAGGUUGGCUGGGCAGGUUGGCGAAUUGCAGAACCGUUUGAUGGAGUCCGAGAUGCACUCGACUGAGCUCUCCCAGAAGGUUCUUACAAUGUCCGAGAGGAUGGAGGAACUCGAGACGUUGAACGAGGCCAUUUCGGAGGAACUCGAAUCGAUGCAGUCACAGUCGGAAAAGUUCAAGAUCCACGCCAACAAGCAGGAGAUGUCGCUCAAGUCGGAUAUUGAGCGUCUUGUCGAUGAAGUCCAUCAGGCCCAGGCCGCCGCCGCCGCUGCCGCCUCUUCCAACAACCACUCGGCUGCGAACGCCGAACUUGUUGCCUCAUUGGAACGCCAAUGUCACGGUCUGGAGCAGCAGCUGAAGAAGGCUCAGGAGGCUAUCCAGAUCCUGGAGGGUGACAACUCGGUUCUGGAGGCUCGUCUUCAGGACUCGGAGAAGAAAGUCACGUUGCUGUUGGAGGAUAUGCAGAACCACUUGACGGACCCUUCCCAGCCCGCUUCGCCUGUUGGCUCGAUCAACUAUGCGAGCAUCCAACAACAACUGAACCAUCACCAAUUCCCUGUGGCUUCGUCGUCGGCAUCCCCCUCGGCGACACCGCUUCAUGCUCAGCGUCUCAAGAACAACGGAUCAGUUGCCUCGAACGGUCGUAACGGAAGCAGCGGUAGCCCUCAUCACGGAAGUGGUAGCCCUCAUCAUGGAAGUGGUAGCCCUCAUCACGGAAGUGGCAGUGGCAGCCCCCACCACGGUGGUCGCACCAGUGCCAAUGGUCACUCGCCCUCUGGUCUUCAGAUCAAUAAGAACGGAGGCAGUCCCGCUGUUAGCCAGAGAGCCAGCCCCAGCCAGUUCAGCAUCAACCCCCGCAGCAACUCGCGUCAGCAGACUCAGUCCCGUCAACAGCAAUACCAGCAACAGCAACAGCAGCAGCAACAGGAGGACAACGAUGAUGUGUAUGCCUACGGAGGUAUCCAACAGCCUCAGCAGCAACAGUCCAACGGCGGGUACAUGCAGGGCCACGGCGUCAUCGAGCAGGAGGAUAUGAACUCGAGGUCCUACCGCGACUCUGUAGACUCGAUUACGCGUGAGCUAGAGAUGUUGAAGGUGCCUUGGAACAAGAACGCCUCUGGUGGAACGGGUCAGUCCGGUCCAGAUGCUGCCAGGUCGUCGCCUCUUCGUCAGCAGCAGCAACAACAGCAACAACAGAUGGAGCAGCAACAGCAGACGUAUCAAGGCAACCAUUAUGGUAACGGCGGCAUGAACGGACACAGUAACGGACAUGUCAACGGCAACGGCAACGGCAAUGGCAACGGCAAUGGCAACGGCAAUGGCAAUGGUCACCUUCAACAGCAGUACAUGUACAAUAACGACGACGAUAGCGAGGAUGAGGACAAUGGAAUCAGCUACCUCGCCCACCUUCAACAACGCGCUCCUCCUACUAGUGCUAGCAAUGGCGUUAGGGGAGUGCAGAAGGGAAACGGAGUUGCUGAUACGCGUUCGGCGAAUGAUAGGACUCCCUCUCGGUUGAAGGAGUACGAGCAAAUGAUUGAUGAGAUUGAGAACUCUAGGAGACAGCAUUAG